AUGGAGGUCGAGACUGCAUUCAAUCUGCCUUCACCCACCGACACGCCGUACCGCACCCCGUCAAGUACUCGAUCGAACUUCGACGACAUGUCACCCGCCACCACACCGCCUCCCAUGGGCGAAGAUCGUGCCAGCAAACGGCGAAGCACCGAUUCCAUCAAUCCCGCCCUGGACGAUACCAUCUCCCCACUCGACCCGCGCCGAUUCACUCCGACCUUGCAUGCCUCACUUGUGUCCGAGAUCCUGUCGCUACGCAGAGAUCUUGAGAGCAGAUCAAAAGAUAUCGAGAGGUUAGAGCAAAGUCUACACCAAUCACAACAACAAAAUGAUGCCCUCAACACGAAUCUACUCAACAGUAACAAGCAGACGCGAGAAGUCAAGCGACAAAUGCAAAUGCUGGAAGGUGGCACAUUGUCGGCGAUCAGUGACUUAGGUCACGAGCGAGACAAAGCACUGGAAGAAGUGGCAGAGUUGAAGCGAAGGCUGGAGCAAUCUCAGAAACGCGCAAAGAGCCAUGAGGACACCGCUGAGCGUACCCAAGCACUAUGGAACAGCGACAAGGACUCAUGGAUGGGGGAGAAGCGCGCGAUGGAGACAAAGGUCCAGAUUGCUGAAGGUCGCCUCAAGGUCAUCAUGAGCGAAAUUGCCAAUGUGCAUGCAAGUGAUAGAUUACACUCCCCUGAGCGGACAAGAUCCCGCAGCGACAGCCGCAAUAGUGUCCGCGAGAGCCCCAGCAAGAAACGGGAGUCGCGACUAGGAAGAAGGGCCAGCGCGUCAUCUGUCCACAGCGACCAUAUUGGCGGCAGGGUGUCAGCCCUGAGCUUCGUCAAUGGAACUGGCUUGAAUUUGGCCGAUGAGCUGGCAUUCGACGAGGAGGAGGAAGAUCACCUUGCUGAAGACUACGCAAACGGCCGGGUGUCUCCUGACGCAUUGCCAGAAGAGCAGCAUGAUCCACGCCCCUCAUCGAGCUUGUCAAUCAAAGCUCGCAAGAUACUCGGCCUGCCGUUAGAGUUUGGUGAGCAGGACAAGGAGAAUUCGGAUCCUGAAGCAAGACCAACAAGCAGUUACGUCGACACAGCUGUGCAAUUCUCACCACCACCUUCGCCGUGGCCUCGCACAGAAAGUCAGAUGAGUCAAGCCAUGACACAAAGCAUGAAAAGAUCAUCGAAACCGACGGAUCUACAUCUCGUCAACGGCAGGCUCUCUGGCUCAAGUGCACGUAGUCCUACAAGCCCAACUGACAGCAGAGACUCGCGCUAUGAUUCGACCUAUGCGCCGUGGAAUCAUACUGGUCCUAUCAUGGUGUCGUCCGGUGUGCAGACUGUCGAAGCACUUCCAAGUCCUCCCUUGACGCCCGAGAAGUCCGAUGUCUUGUCAAUCAUUCACGAGAGCGCAGCAGAGAAUGUCGAGAUGAAGACUAGCGCCACGCAAACAGAGCAUUCUGGUGCUAUAACGCCCCCAUUGCCUGAGAGAAGUCCGAAACCGCGAAGCUGGCAACACCUGAGCACGGAAUCUGGCGAGUUGCACAUUCCUCUGAUCAACAUCGUCCCACCAACCUCCCGUCCGACCACACCUACAGCAACUGGCAAUGUCGUUCUUCCGCCUCGGACAAGAAACGCAGGAAGUCAGGUUGCCCCAUCAGACCUGGGCAGUUAUGUCUCGACCCCAAUGCAGACAGAAGAGAUCAGAGUCGAUCGCAGGAACAUUAUUCCCCUAGCCCAAAUGCCUUCACUGCCAACUUCGACAGCGCCGCCUGCCAACGCAUUCAAAGCUCCCGUUUCGACGAGGGUCGUACCGCCCCGCAGGAAGACAGCGGCUCCCAUAAUCACAGUCGCACAACGUACGGUUGGUAUGAACGUGGGAAUGUCACGAAUGCCACCUUCCAAUGACAGCGGCCCACUCAGUAGGGAGGCUGUCCAAGGUGACACCGCUGGCCCAAAUCUACCUCGUCCGGUGCGAUCUAGCAGUCUGUAUCAGGGCUAUCAAGACGAGAAUGUAGAAGAGACCGACAAAUUCGAAGAACAAGCAUUUGAAGACGAUGACAUCUUUUCGCGGCCGACCGGCAAAUUCACCUUAAGGUCGGGUAAGAUGGUCCCUCAAGACAUCUUAGAAGACAUUGGGGAAGUUCGAGCCACUGAAGCGGGUGCAGCGGCUGCUCUAGAGAACCUGAGACUCUCCGAAGACAGCCUCUCGUCCGACAUCACAAAACAGAUCAACAGAGACAUAGUGCAACGCGGCAACAGUGGCAGCCUCAAGUCCCUAAAGAGGAUACCAUCUGCUCGGUCGAAUAACAUGCGACGAGCGGCACUCAUCUCAAGUGGAUCAGCCGCGCAUCGCGCAUCGACCUCGCAGUCUACGAAUGCCUCAGCGGACAGCGGCAAUCCACCUCCAUUCCCUGUGCCUCUGAGGUAUAGCUCAGCUCGCAUCACAAGGAGCGAGGGCGGCCGAAGCUCUCGAGCUAGCAGUAACACCUCUCCUACAAGAACUUCGAGGCUGAAGAGGCAGGUUCUGCGCAAGUCACGCUCUGGUCCGGCGAUCUCUCCUUAUGGCGAAGGAAGACGGAGCAGAAGUCGUUCGCCUCCACUUGCUUCGCGAGUCUCGAUUGUGCCGGAAAUGCCCACUUUCCAGAUGCCCGAGCAGACGCCCUCGUUUCUCAAUGCCCCGUAUGCCCCUCCUGCGCUGCAAGAGGCCAGCGCACCAAGACCGUCCAUUGCUACAGGACCACGAAGAGAUAGAAGUGGUACUCACGUCAAGCAAAACUCUGACGCUGGUCUUCUCAAUCAGACUUCUGUGGUUGACUCGAUUGCGCAAACUAUGAUUGGCGAAUGGAUGUACAAGUAUGUCCGAAGACGUAAGUCAUUCGGCAUGGGUGAGAAGCAGGAUAAUUGGGAGACUGGUAAAUCGGUCGACGAAAUAUCAGCGAAUGUGACCACCAAUGGCGUCCGGCACAAGCGAUGGGUAUGGCUAGCUCCUUACGAAAGGGCAGUCAUGUGGAGCAGCAAGCAGCCGACGUCUGGUUCUGCGUUGAUGGGCGGCAAAAGCGGCCGGAAGCUGAUCAUCAAAUCUGUCCUGGACGUCAAGGAUGAUAAUUCAAUGCCCAAGGGAUCUAUCUCUGGGCCUCAUUUCAACCGCUCGAUCCUCAUUCUAACACCUCAGAGAGCGCUCAAGUUCACAGCUCUCACGCAAGAUCGGCAUUUCGUCUGGCUGACAGCUCUGUCAUUCCUUUCUCAUUCUCCUCUGGGCAUGAACGAUCUCGAUGCCAUGCCUCCACCUCCAGAAGACAAUACCGCGCAGAUGCCACCACCACCUGCGUCGUUGGCAGGCUCUUUCCGGCGACGUCCCAUCCGUGACUCCAUUCGCAUUGCCAAGGGGACUCGUCCUCAGCAAAGCAUCCGCUCAUUCACGACAGACAACUCGUACCCUCACCUGCAAGAGCAGUACGAAGGCGAGAACGAGUACUACGACCCGAUGAAUGAUCCUGCAUUGCCACCUACUAUCAAGCGCUUCCACACCCGAAAGCGCAGCAAUACUGCCCCUCGCGCACCCCCGAGCUCAUUCCGCGGUGCGUUCUCUCAGUACGUGCCCAACAUGCCAGGCCCAGGAUCCUCGCAUUAUGCAACAAGCACGGCUGUCACUUCUGCCACAGGCUCCGAUCGUGGUCUGUACACACCGAGCCUUGGUAUUCCGAGUUUGGCAUCAUCCCGUCGCGGCAGCGAGUCGUCGACAGCAGGAAGACCACAUCCGCAUCAGUUCCUCUAUCAAGAUGCCGGCAACAAUAACAACAUGGUGCGCAUCGACGCGUUUGUCGACAAUGCCAGACAUGCGAACAACCACAACAGACCGCCGCUUGUUAGCAACGGCAGCAGUGGUAACGCUGCGAUUUACAACAACGGGCCCAUCAGCCGUGGCAACAAUGGCCUGGGUGGCGUUGGAGGGCCGCCGCAGCUGAAGAAGCCAGUUUUUCCGAGCAGCAGUAGUUGGGGCAUUGACGAGGAAAGGCACAGCUAUUCACCUGUUGACAGUCUGAUGUAUCAUGAGAUGCAGCUUGCAGUUGAGGCGCCACCUAGUGUCCCAGCCAGUGCGAGAGGAAGUGAGGACAAUCGAGCGGACUGGUUUCGCGGCUUCUGA